GUGAAGAUGUUGUAUCCCUGCCACGGCCCACCCUAAUCAAGGGUCGCAGGAAUAGAAUUUCAGCUGAAAACACCCACCAUCUGCAUCAACAAUAGAUGUACGAAAGCAUCCGGCUAUUGGUUAAGAUAAUCCGCAUUGUGCCAAGUGUGAUUUGGAACGUAAGCCGUGUACCGUCCCCUGGAACAUCUUUGAUUUUACUGCUAUCGUUGUGUGCUAUCGUCGCGUUCAAUGAUCAAACAGAGUUUUCCGAUGCGUACCGAACGAGUCCUUUCGAUGCCCGAUAGGAUAGCUAAAUUUGGGUCCCCUCAACACACAAUCGAGGUUGCAGCAUCGUCGAACUGCGUGUAAUCCAUAUAUACUAAGCCAGAUGGAACGACAGGCUACUGUUGACGUAACCAAGAGCUGGAACCGUUUUAUUACUACGCUACCAAAUAGUUGCCAACCAUUCCGGUUUCCAAGCUGAGUCAGCUACAGGACGGUACCCAUGGCGUUCUACAAUCGCACACUUGUUAUCAAGGGGGCGUUGAUAUUCAGUUUUCUGUUAAUACUUCUCAAUCUCCUCAACUCCAAACUGGAUCUCACCUCCUCUCGUAGCGCAACGGGACGCGUUAGCUCCUCGUUUUGGCCAAAAAGAACGCACACAAGUGGAGAGAGGUUCGCACCAGCUGUAACACAUCACGCUACUGGAAAAGUAAAUGCUUCAACGCUCCGUGAAAGUGAUCAAACCUUAAAGACUAAUCGUGGUUCAUCGCAAAAUGGGCCGAAUCGGUCGGAGCAACAAAAUCAAUCGUUCGUGGUUGCAAGCAGUACAACAGUAGCACCACACAAUAACGUUUCUGAGGCACAAAAUUCCACUGUAUUGCUCCAAGCGGAGCAAUCCAACGGGAUGCCAUACGCACCAGUAGCCGAAUCUAAAUCCCCAGUGAUAGACUCCAGUGAAAUACGCGGAACCAAUCGAACAAUUGUGAUGGAUCCCGUCUCUAGUAGUAGUAGUAGUAGUAGUAGUAGUAGUAAGACGCACAAUAAUUCCAAUAACGUUUACUCCAAUAGUCAUAUUAAUGGAAGUGCAAGUACGGACACUAUCACUUCAAAAGUCUCUCCAUCAGUAUUCAAAGUACUGAAUGCGAACCAUAGCGAAAACGCAACCGGUGCUAAAACAAUCGACUCUCUUCCUGUCACUACAAAUGUAAUAGCUAAACGGCCGGUUGGGUCGAAUUCUGUUCCCGAUGUAGGUUCCUACAAGGAAGAUGAGCAUGCACUGCAAGGAUCAGUCGAUAAGUUCACCGUCGACAUUUGCCCUCCGAUUCCUCCAAAUCUUGAGGGGCCAAUCAGUGUAGAUACCACUUACGAACCGCUGAACGUGAUAGAAAAUCGGUACAGGAACAAACUACAACCUGGUGGACAGUAUACACCACCUGAUUGCACGGCGCGCAAUCGAGUGGCCAUUAUUGUUCCGUAUCGUGAUCGAGAGCACCAUUUGCCGAUCUUCCUCAAGAAUCUACACCAGUUUCUCAUGAAACAGCAGCUCGAGUAUGGCAUUUACAUCGUGGAGCAAACGGCUGGCUCGUCGUUUAACAGAGCUGCGCUUAUGAAUAUCGGCUUUACGGAGGCUAUGAAGCAGCACAACUGGGAAUGUCUGGUGUUUCACGAUAUCGAUCUAUUGCCGAUGGACGAUCGUAACCUCUACACUUGUCCCGACCAACCACGUCACAUGUCGGUGGCGGUAGAUACGUUUGGUUUUAAGCUGCCUUACAACACAAUAUUCGGUGGUGUGUCUGCAAUGACCGAGAAACAAUUCCGUACGGUGAACGGAUUUUCCAACUCCUUUUGGGGCUGGGGAGGUGAAGACGACGACAUGUCAAACAGGUUGAAACAUUUUGGCUUCCACAUUGCACGGUAUCCUGUUAAUAUAGCACGAUACACGAUGCUAAAUCAUAAAAAGGAGAAAGCGAAUCCGAAAAGGUUCGAGAAAUUAGUAAACGGUCCAAAGCGCUACGAUAGUGAUGGGUUAAACUCGAUGCACUAUCAACUAAUAAAUCUUAUAAAGAAGCCUCUUUAUACAUGGAUUCACACAGAGAUUACGCCAGAUGGUAGCUGAUGAUUAUCGUUUCUAGCAGACUGGCUAGGAUAAAAGGAGUUAUAAUCCGUAAAACGACAACAAAGCGAAAAUACCCCUUCAAAGCGACCACACUUAAACGCACACAAGAAAAAACUUCAAUGAACAAACCAAAUUUUAUUCUUUUGCUUAUAUGUUGCUAUCGGCAUUGUGUUCGGAAGCGGUUCCAUUUUUUUUGUUUCUAUAUAAGUGGAAUGUACACAAUUUUCCACCUCAUGAUAGAUAGACAAAAAAGAAACAGAAUCGAUGCUGGAUAUCUAGGCACAUUUUUUCAAUGAAGUUAAAAAUAGGAUGAAUUAUAGACAUAGUUCAUGCUGUUGUUCUGUUAGUCCCGUAGGAAUGGUGAUAAGAAAAAGAUGCGUUUCAGAAAUAGGUGAACGCUUCUAUAGGCAGAGUUAUUUAUUUAGGAAACAAACAAUGACUUAGAACUGUGUUGAAUCCAUUAGAUUAACGACUCCCCUUACCUUGCUUCAAUUCAACCAGGCGCGUUUACCUUUGGUUUGUGAUAUUGCGAAUUUUAUUUUCUUAAGAUAUUUCAUCAGCUCGUGUAUCAAGCAAUAUCGAAACAGUAUAUUAGAGAUAAUACUAUGGGGAUUGGAAAUUGUUUCCUCUUGUAAUAGCGAAAGGAUAGGUAUUUAUAAUCAAUCCAAAACGUUUUUCAUUCAAUUACCACAGGAAAAAACUCUUUGCUCCACAGGCGUUUUAAAGGAAAUUUCAGAAUGUAAAUAAGACUGGAAUAUAAAACCUAAAAAGAAAACGAAUCUUAUCAGAAUCUAUACAGACGUCCUGAACGAUCCACAAUAAUUUGGACGAAAGCUUUACUAACCGCUACUCAAACACAUGGUUAAACCAGUUAAGUCAACGUACAGUAUACAGCAACCGGAAGCACAAAAAAUCGUAAGAUAGAAAUUAUAGGAUAGGGCGAUUUUUUUUUGUUCCGUCCGAGUGAAACACCUGCAACUUAACAGCUUAGCCAAUUAGUUCAACCGUCAGGACUCCGUGCAACAGUUUCUCAGCUCAAAUCCAAUAGUAUCGUAUAGCUUCUUGGUAUGCUUAUUUUGAUAAAACUUUUAAGUAAGUUAGACAUUUUGUAUUUACAAAAAAACAGAUUGGAGUGGCCCGCUAUUGUCCCAUUUUAAUCGAACUCAAUGUUUACUUAAAGCGAGGCAUGAUUCUGCCUCGGAAGGAUACGGAUUCCGUAAAAAUAGGUUCACUGCGGGUUUAUUGUUAUUUGCCAUUGAUAUUUUGAUAUUUAAAAAAACGUUUGAUAUUUUUUCAAAUAACGAAUCGUAGGUUUGUUAGAAUAUGUUGUUGUUGGCUGUUCGGUCGAUGUGAAGCAAAUUAAAGGAUACUUCUUUCUAA